ACACACCAAACUUGAUUCUCUUCUUCCAACUAAAAGUUCUAAGUAUGCUUUAGUUUCUUAAGCCUAGAUUCUAAAGUGGUGGUAGUUUUAUCCUACGAAGAAAUUUCCUGUAACCCUAGGCUUGAUUGAGGGUGGAAAUAUUCUUUACGGAAAGUGAACUUUGUUCACGACUCUAUCACAAUCCUAGUCACCCGGUCUCGGGCUUUCGUACGUGUACCCUCAUCCCUAAAAGUUCCAACAAUCGUAAAGAAUAUUUCUCUUGUACGAUGGCUCGUACUUCUCCUUAAAAGGAACCCUCUCUCCAUGGGAAAAUUGAGAAAUUCGAUGGGGAACCGUCAAUGGCAAAAGAAGAUGCGUUUUCUUCUUACUACUCUCAAGGUGGGGUAUGUGAUUAGUACCCCAUGUCCAGAAUGUAACUUGGAGGAGGAAGGGGUCGACAAUGAGGAAUUGAAGAAGCGACUUCGUAAAAUGAAGAAGUGGGAGAACGACAACUACCUUUGCGUAGGACACAUACUCAAUGGUUUGUCGGACUCUCUAUUCGACAUUUACGAAAUGUAUGCCAAUGCCUCGGAACUUUGGGAUGCAUUAGAGGCAAAGUAUUUGGCUGAUGAUGCAUCGACCAAGAAGUUUCUUGUAAGUAAUUUCAACACUUACAAGAUGAGCGAUUCUCGCCCAGUGAAGGAGCAAUAUAACGAAUUACUUCGAAUCUAUGGUCAGUUUACUCAACACAAUCUGAACAUGGAUGAGGCGAUCGCUGUGUCGAGUAUAAUCGACAAACUGCCACCUUCUUGGAAGGACUUUAAGCAUAUGCUUAAACACAAGAAGGAAGAGUUGGAUUUAACCCAACUCGGUACCCACUUGCGCAUAGAGGAAAACCUCAGGGUGCAAGAGGGUGUGAAGCCAAAAGAAUCGUCAUCGGUUCACAUGAUAGAGAUUGGAGAGUCUUCUACCCAGAAGAAGGGAAAGAAACGUUCUCGCGACAAGGGCUACAACUCAUCCAAGGCCGACAAAAACAAGAAAGCUAAGCCUACUUGUUGGAAGUGUGGGAAAUCGGGGCAUUUCAAGCGUGAUUGUCACAUGGAAAAAUCAAAGAAUAGAUGAUGAUAUUGCUUGGUGGGUGGACUCUGGAGCUAACAUACAUGUAAGCAAGGAUCGCAAAUGGUUCAAAACUUACAAACCAGUGGAAGACGGUUCUGUUCUCCAUAUGGGCAAUGAGUCAACUGCUCCAGUCGAAGGACGUGGCACCGUAGAGUUGGAAUUUACUUCCGAAAAGACUCUUGUACUUAGGGAUGUGUUACAUGUACCUAAGAUUAGGAAAAUUUUGGUUUCUGGAAGUGUACUAAAUAAACUUGGAUAUCGUCA